AAAAAAACUUCCCACAAGUGUGAGCUCAUAAUUACAAUAAAGUAAUACAUUAUCGAAAAGCUCACAUUUAUUUUAAAUAAGAUGAUGAACUUCACAGUGCAGUCCAAAGCAAUUUGUUGCGGUAAAUAACAGCGGAACUAUUCAGGCGCGGAUGACAAUAACGAAGGGACAGUGUUCCGCCAUAAGAAGUUGCAGCAUGAAGAAGGAACAAGUCCAACAUUGUCAGUUUUCUGUCUGGUAUCCGAUAUUUAAGCAACAUACAAUUAAAAGUGUGAUUCUUCCCCUGCCUCCGGAUGUCAUAGACUAUUUCCUGGACGACGGGACUCUGGUAGUUCCUGGGAGUCACCACGCUGCACAGCAGACGCACAUUAACAGCGACUUGGAUGAAGAGGAAGACAUUCAGUGGUCAGAUGAUGAAACAACUACCACUGUCACAGCGCCCGAGUUCCCAGAAUUCACUGCUCAAGUGCUGGAGGCCAUAAAUGCUUUGGGCGGCCUUGUUUUUCCCAAACUCAACUGGAGCGCUCCAAGGGACGCCAAUUGGAUCGCACUGAACAGCUCCCUCCAGUGUCGCAGUCUGAGCGAAAUAUUUCUGCUCUUCAAAAGCUCCGACUUCAUCACCCGUGACCUCACGCAGCCAUUUCUUCACUGCAGCGACCAGGACUCCCCCGACCCAAACAUCAGUUACGAGCUGGUCUUGAGAAAAUGGAGUGAGCUGAUCCCCGGGGGAGAGUUCCGCUGCUUUGUGAAAGAAAACAAAUUGAUUGCCAUCUCCCAGAGAGACUACACUCAGUACUACCCUCACAUCCUGAAACAGGAAGAGUCCAUCCUUCACGCCAUUCUGGACUUCUUCAACCAGCGCAUCCAGCAUGCCUUCUUGGAUGAAGAUUUCGUGUUGGAUGUGUACAGAGACAGCCAGGAGGGGCGUGUGUGGCUCAUUGACCUGAACCCAUUUGGUGAGGUCACUGACUCACUUCUCUUCAGCUGGGAGGAGCUAAGGUGUGGGGGAGGAGUCGGCCAGCAGCAGGAAGGCCCUGACUUCCGCUACACCACCAGUGAGGUGACGGUGCAGCCCAGUCCCUGCCUCAGCUACAGAAUCCCACGCGACUUUGCCGACCUGUCCACUGGAGAAGACGCCUAUAAACUCAUGGACUUCCUCAAACUGAAGAAAAGCCAAGAAGAGGAGUCGUCAGACGAGGAUGUUGACGCUGCACACUGACCUGAGCUAAUGACGUGAUGACAUGUCCCAUCAUGCACCUCUCACAAUCAACACCUGAUUUACUGCUCUCAUCCCCCAUUAAACUUUCUUCUCACAUA